AUGGCGUCACACGCGCCGAUUCUGGCGAGUCCACGCGUGGCCCCUCUCGCUUCCUCGUCACUUACCUCCGCGUCGCUCAACCAGACGUUCCGAAGCGCUGCAGCUACGGACCCGACCAUCUCGGACCUCUGGGGGCCAGCCUCCAAGAUGCAGAUUCUGGUCGUUCGCAACUCUCUCGCAUGUGUUGUCGCUGCAGUUUUCGUCAACGGGUGCUUCUACGCGGGGAACAUUUUCUCUUUCAAACCGUCCACCGAGCAGUCUCCUCGGGAAUUCCUCAUGGCGAUGCUGGUCUGGACGAUGCUGUCGUACGCUGUCAUCCUGGUAGUCGCCCACCUCCCGACUCUGAUGAGCCAGCGCUUCCUCAAGUAUCCUGACUACAAACCAAGUGUUUGGUUCUGCAUGAGAAAACUCCUGAAAAUGUCGACUCCUUACUUCGUCGCCUCAAUGGGGGAAUGCGGGUAUUACGCUUGCGGCGAGGAGGAUAUACUACACAGAGACGCAUCAAGGACGCAAUCGCCGCCUCGCAGUAAAGAACGUUUCCAAACGAGCUGCUUCGAGAUCAUUAACGCUGCGAGCUCCGUAUCCAGCAGCUCCGAGUUACCACUCUCCGAGCUUCUGGCGCGAAUAUCUCGUGAAUUUGCCCUAUGUCAUCAUAGCUCUGUCCGGAGGGUAUGUGCACUUCGUGUCUUCCUACAAAAUUCUGCACCGAGGCACUAUGGUGAUCAUCGCGUUCACGGCAGCGGGGAUUGUUAUCAAGUUGAUGCUGCAAGAGCUUGUCAGGUGCUGCAAGAGCUUGUCAGGUUCUACAUUAUCAAGAAAGGGGUUCGCAGCAUCCGCACCACAGUGCUGAUUGAUACCCAAGCACGGAUCGUUUUACUCGGCACACAGACCAGCCCCUUCCUGCUGAAAUAUGUCUGCGAUCUGCCAAAGCUGCGCUGA